AUAAUGUCGAUGGCGUCAGAGGCUAAGGUAAGCUAAGGUAAGGAUCGAUCUUCUACUUAAUGUAUACCUACGUACUUAAUGUGUCUAUCCAAGCCUAGCUUCAUGCAGGUAGGGACGGUAGGGACGGCAGGGGCAUUAUUUCUUAGGUAGGCACCUAGGUUAAUAUGUAACAUACCUAGGUAGGUAGUCUUACCUUCCUAUCUUUUCAUCGCCGAGGCCUGCCCACUAUUACUUUGUUUAGUACUUUUAUAGGUGGUUAAUGUUAAUAAACUUCCAGCCUAGACUCGGAUGAGGAGUUCCCUUUUCCCUUUUCCCUUAGGUAUACGUCAUUAAUAAUCUCAACUCUCCCCCUUCCCGCUAUCUUACCUACAUGUAUGUACCUACAUCAUCCAAGUACUAUGCCGUAUGGAGAAUGGCGUCAAGAACGGCGACGACGAGAACGGUUGGUAUGAUCCGACCAAGAUCUGGACGACGCUGCUGACGAACCGCGGCUAUUUCGGUGGUUUGCUGGUGCUUCACCACUCUUUGCGCCGACAUCGCAGCAAGUACCGGCUCGUGGUUAUGGUGACUCGCGCAGUCGAAGAGGAUACCGAGUAUAUGGAUGCUUUCGCUGCUGCUGGUAUUUCCACUAUCGUCGUCGACAAGAUCGAGCCGGCGCCUCGCGAUGGCAAGAUUAAUAAGGGGACGUGGGAGAAGUUGGCCCCGUGGUCGUUUACACAGUACGAGCGCGUUGUCCUCCUCGACAGCGACCAAGUCGUCCUGCACAAUAUCGACGAGAUGAUGGAGGUCGACAUCCCCGAAGGUUGGAUCGCGAGCACUCACGCUUGCACCUGCAACCCGCGGAAGCUGCCGCACUACAGCAAGGACUGGGUCCCCGCCAACUGCGCCUUCACGGCCGCGGACCAAGAGACGGGCCAGCCAGCUCUUAUCACGCCCCAGAGCCCGAAUAACCACCACCUGCUGAACAGCGGCACAGUCAUCCUCCAGCCGUCCAAGGCGCAGUUUGACGCGCUGAUCGAUGCUAUGAACACUCAUCCCGACGUCCCUAACAUGCUCUUCUUCGACCAGGAUUUACUGGCUAUCGUGUACCGCGGCCGCUGGAAGCCCUUGCCGUACCAUUAUAACGCCCUAAAACCCAUGCGCGCUUGCCACAGCGGUCUCUGGAAGGACGAGCAUGUUAAGAUCCUGCAUUAUAUUUUAAACAAGCCCUGGAAGAGCCGCAGCUACGAUGCUAAUGAUACUAUCGAGUCGACGCAUAAGCUGUGGUGGGACGAGUACGCACAGGUGGAGAAGGAGUGGACGGAGAGCAAGGACGAGAAGAAGAGGGAGUUGUGGAGGAAUGUUGUUGUGCCUGUUGUUGCUCAGGAAUGAUUUCCCCGUUUCCCUUGAUGAUGUGUGUUCAUGUCGUCAUGUCUGGGUUUAGGGGGCGGAUGAGAAUGACUACGUGUAUACCAUUGGGUUUAAUCAGGGGCAUGGUAGAGAGAUAUGAGAUAUCCGACUUUGUUUGGAUCUUGUACGCGAGCGCGAGCGCGUGGGCGUGGAGUAGGGGUUAAUAUGGAUAGAUAGCAAGCAGGCAAACAACUUAGAGCAUCAUGAGCAUUUAACGACGAUCUACAACAGGUAGUUACUAUUAUAACUUGUGUUC